AUGGAAGAUAUUAAAAAGCUUAAAGACAAUUUAGAAAAAGCUUUAAAUCAAUCUGAACUCGACAAAGUAUUAGAAUAUUUAAAAAAGGCAAAUGACUUUGAAAUUAAUAAAGAGGUCUUAAAGAGUACAGAUAUUGGAAAAACAGUUGGUAAAUUAAGAACACAUAAAGAUAUAGGAAUUUCAAAACAAAGUUCUAUUUUAAUUGAUAAAUGGAAGAAAGAUAUUGAAAAAUCAACACCAAUAUCGACACCAACAUCAACAAAACCUGCCUCAUCAGCAGCCUCACCAUCCUCAUCAUUUAAAAGAAAAUCAUCAGAUACUGUUCAAACAACCACAACAGUAGCAAAACAAGAGAUUGAGGAGAGACCAAGCAAAAGAGUAUUUGAAGAGAAAAAAAUUUCAACCACAACAUUUAAAUGUACUAUUACCCCAAUUAAAACAGGUGGAGAUGCAGGUCAAAGAAACAAAAUGAUUCAACUAUUGGCAGAGUCUUUAACAAGGGAAAUCGACGAAACCCUUUCAUCACCAGAGGAUGUUGCGACUGAAGUAGAAGCAGAGCUUUACAGUAUUUAUAAAGGUUUAACAGCAGAUUAUAAAAACAAAGUUAGAUCUUUUAAAUUUAAUCUUCAAUCAAAUGAUGGUUUAAGAGAUUCUUUAUUAAAUAGAAUAUUAACUAUAGAAAAAUUUUGUUCAAUGGAUGUUAUGUCAAUGGCCAGUGAUGAAUUAAAAGAGGAAAGAAGAAAAUUAGAUAAAUUCCAAACUGAAGCUUCGAUGAUUGGUACUAAUAAUGAAGCUACAACUGAUCAAUUCCAAUGUGGUAAAUGCAAACAAAGAAGAUGUACAUACUUCCAAAUGCAAACUCGUUCUGCUGAUGAACCUAUGACAACUUUUGUUAGAUGUAUUAAUUGUGGUAAUAGAUGGAAAUUUUGUUAA